AUGCAUAUGAACGCUGGCAACGAAGCCUUCAGGAGUAUCCCUAACAAGGAUUCGCACCUCCCAUGGUACAAGAAUGCUGGUCUCCUUCAGCUCAACUUGUUCCUCUUGUGUAUCUUCACGGGUCAAUUCUUGAACGGAUACGACGGCGCCUUAAUCAGUUCUUUUCAAGCCAUGAAUUCCUGGUUGACGACUCUGGGUCUGAAAGGUAACAGCGCGAAGGCCACGGAUAUUGGCCUUCUCAAUGCUGCGGUGUACCUUGCCGGAAUGUGCAUUGCGCCCUUCGCUGCUUGGGUGUCUGAUAGAUUCGGACGAAAAUGGUGUAUACGGUAUUCGUCGAUCGCGAAUUUGAUAGGGACCGCCAUCGGCGCAGCUGCUGGAACGGGAAGUUCGAAUGGGUAUGCGAUGUUCAUGAUGUCGCGGAUCAUUAUCGGUUCUGGCCUUGCAUUCUGUGUGAUGAUCUCUCCCAUUAUGCUGCAGGAGCUUCCUCACCCAAAGCACCGAGUCCUAAUGGCUGGUCUCUUCGAUGUUGCAUACAUUUCCGGUUCUUUUGUCGCUGCUUGGGUUACCUUUGGAUGCAGCUACAUAAGUAGUGACUGGGCUUGGAGAAUUCCCUAUCUUAUACAUCUCCCAUUCGCUGUUAUCAUGAUAAUUGUUAUUUCUCUGGUACCGGAAUCUCCUCGUUGGCUGUUCAAACAGGGCCGUGAAGAUGAAGGAAAAGCCUUCAUGGUGAAAUACCAUGCUAAUGGCGGGGAAAACGAUGAAUUAGUCGCCUUCGAAGUUUCCGAGAUUCAAGAAGCUCUUCGUUCCGAGAGGGAGGCCAAGCAGGAUACGUGGCGAAUGAUCCUUACUUCGAGGAGUUCUUUGCACCGUCUUGCGUGCGUCGUUCUGAUCGUCACGAUGCAAAAUUUGAGCGGUACAGCGAUCAUUGCAUACUACUAUACGAGCAUCCUCAAGCUUGUUGGAAUCACCAAGACAUCAACACAAACCGGUAUCAAUGCAGGAUUAACCUCUUUCACUGUACUCAUGGCUCUGUCCGGUGUUUGGCUUACAAAACGCAUCAGACGAAAGACCCAGAUUUACGUUUCCUGGGCAGGCGUUCUUCUCAGCAACCUCGGCCUCAUCAUUUCUACCAGUCUCUACACGCAAACGGGUCAUAAAUCUGCUGGCCUUGCAGCGGUAUUCUUCGUUUGGACCUAUAACGGCUCAUUCUUCCUUGCAUGUGGUCCGAUCUUCUUUGCUUAUCCAGCUGAAGUUUUGCAUCUGUCCAUGAGAUCGAAGGGGAUGAUGAUAUGGACCAUUUGCGGAAAAAUGAUGAGCGUAUUCAGCUCGUACGUGAACCCCGUGGCUAUGGUGGACAUUGCCUGGAAGUGGUACUUCUUCUACACCGCAAUCAUCGUGGUCACUGGUAUUUUGGUUCACUUUGUACUUGUUGAAACCAAGGGUAGAACGCUUGAAGAAAUCGGUGAACUAUUCGAUGGAAAAAUACUGCAGGCCCACUUGGACCCCUUGCACUAUGAUUUGGGCUCCGAUGACGAGAAGAUGAGUGAGAAGAGUCUUGAUAAGAAUGUGUAG